AUGACGCAGUUCGUCUUUGCAGACCGCUUCGUCCUGCCUGCCACCUCGCCUCUGGCAUCCUCGAGGCUCCACACCAUCUUCUAUGCCUCGCUCGUGGUGCAGCACGUCAUCUUCCAUGCACUGUCCCACUCCUGGCUCAAAGGCGACAGCAAGGAUAUGCUCAAGAAGCGAUGCUGGAUCCUCACCACCGUCGCCAGCUUUGUCAUGUGCCUAGCCAGCCUGCCCUAUCUCUUCGAUCUCUUCCUCGCCGGCUUCGACCUUCACGCCCUGCGACCCAGGACCAAGACCGUCGCAGAGCCACUCGCCGCCUUCUUCGUUGCAUACCUCGUCUCGGACCUGGCGCUCGGCUCCAUCUACUACAGAAAGUUGAUCAACCUCUCCUCAGGAUGGAUCCACCACAUCGCCUACACUUUUCUCUUCAGCUUCUGGGUGCACAGAGGCUGGGGACAUGUCGCAGCUGCAGCCGCCAUCUUCGAGCUUCCCACUUUCAUCAUGGGCGUCGCCUCCAUCUACCCUCCGCUCCGCUCCAACAUGGCGUUUACCGUCACCUUUUUCGGUACGCGCGUCUUUUACCACCUCGCCUUACUUGUGGCCAGCGUCACCGAGCACGGUCGUAACGCUCCUGGUAUCAACGGCAGCUGGGGCCCCGGCAUCAGCUUGCUCGCCACCUAUCCAAUGCAUCUCUGGUGGGGCUACAAGUGCAUUUGCAGCAUUCGACGGAGGAUGCACAAGAGGAAGCUCGAAGCGGCGCAGGUCGCAAAGGAGAAGGCUUCGCUUUUCUCUGCUGCUGGCCAGCUCUUCAACGGUAUGGCCGCUCCUGACACGAGCAGCGCCGUCAACACGCCUGCAGCCACGCCUGGCGCCGGCACGACUCCAGCCACUGCCAACUUCGGCGCUACCGGCCCCGUCCACGCUGCCUUUGCUCGAGCUGCCUCUGCUGCCCGUCCACCCGUCAACCUUCUCCUGCCCAAACGCCGCAAGGUCCAGCCUGCCGAUGGCGAGGCAAGUCUUGGACACCCUCUUCUCACUAGAACGCUCAACCCUAAUUACAUCAACUCCAACUCGGUCUUCACAGCGCCAGUCGCCCCUGAAGGUGCUGGACCUGGCGAUACCGAGCCAUUCCUUGCUAUCCGCUCACCCGCCGAGUCCAGAGAUCGAGCACGUCGACUCGUGGCCGAUGCAGUGCGCAAGGUCUGGAUCAACGCGCCCGCCAGUUGGAGGCGCCAGUUCGAGGAGGAAGCAGGUGUGCGUCCCAAAGGACUCGGUUCCACUGGCCGCAUGCCCUCCUACACCACCGACGAAUCUUCCGAAGAGUGCGAAGAGGCGGAUUCCGACUCGAUCUCGUCUUCGGCUGCCCAGUCCGGCAUGUCCGAGUCGCGCGCGCGCCGCUACUUGCAGGCACAGCGUUCUCGCAUCCGUCGUGCCGUCCUGCGAGCGGUUCGAGCCGCCAUCAACGGCCGAGAUGCAGACGGUGUCAAGGCCGUCACCUCGCACGACGGCAAUGUCAUCACUACGUUUGCUGACGGUGCAGUGGCAGCUGCUGGCGAUGUGCGACCUACAGGUAUCGACAGGACGCUGCUCUCGCUCGACUUUGGCUCGCUCGUCAGAUAUUUGCCCCAGGACUUUUUCGGUCAGGACUACGAGAUUCGCGAGUUUCCUGUAGAGCAGCUCGGGCAGGGGGGACGCCAUAGGCGAAUUGUUGGUCAGAUCCGGCGCCGGAUGGAGGUGGCCCGGCGCGAUUUUGUUGUCUUUGACUAA